AUGCUCAGCAACAAACGCGUAAUCGAAUCACCUUCCUCCUCAGAGGCUGAGCAGAGCUCGGCGAAGGAAAACACAGUAAAGCGCGUCAAGAAGAACUCUCCUGUGAAGGCUGAGAAGGAUGAAAAGGUGAAGGAGAAGAAAAUCCACCCAAUGUUCCUCCCCAAGCAGCAGAUUUCGCAGGAUAAGGAAGAUAAGAGGUUAGUGAGGGAGGAAGUGGCAGCGACCGCAAGUAGCAAAUCAAACGCGUCUUCCAAGACGAACAAUUUCAACGACACCAUCACAUUUGCUCAGCUAGCAGACACAUUCACAAACAUCGAAUCGACAUCGAAACGCUUAGAGAUUGCGGACCACUUGACGCAAUUCUACAAACACGUCAUUUUAACUAAGCCAGCAGAGCUGCUGAUGACGGUAUACCUCUCGCUCAACCGCCUUUGUCCAGAUUACGAGGGGUUGGAGUUGGGUAUUGGGGAGGGUUUGCUUAUCAAGGCCAUAGUUGAAUCAACGGGACGCACCACCGCCAAGGUCAAAGAGGACUUCAAGAAGGCUGGUGAUCUCGGCACAGUUGCGCAACUGGCCAGAAAAAACCAACCAACAAUGUUCAAAGCUAAGGGUUUGAAUGUACCAAGUGUGUUCAAGAAUCUCAAAGAGAUUGCAACGGCUUCUGGAAAUCAAUCGCAAACUAAGAAGAUAGGUAUCAUAAUGAAAAUGCUUACGAAUUGUGACUCCAGCACGAACGAAGCAAAGUUUCUAAUUAGACUGCUAGAAGGUAAACUGCGUAUCGGGUUGGCUGAGAGAACUGUGGUGGUUAGUUUGGCUCAUGCGAUUGUGUUAUCGCGCGAUGAGAAAGCUACGAAGGAGGACUUAGAGAAGGGUGUAGAGGUGGUGAAGCAGGUGUACUCGGAGCUCCCUUCAUAUGAUAUGAUAGUACCUGCUUUGCUAGAUGGCGGUAUCAAUGAUCUACAAGAAAGAUGUCAUCUUACACCAGGUAUACCACUCAAACCUAUGCUGGCCAAGCCUACUAAAGCAGUUUCAGAAGUGCUUGAUAGAUUCGAAGGGAAGAGUUUCACAUGCGAAUACAAAUACGAUGGUGAGCGUGCCCAGAUACACUACCACGACGGAAAGGUGAAGGUGUUCUCUCGUAAUUCCGAAGAUAUGUCAAACAAAUACCCAGACCUCGUCGAGCAACUUCCACGCGCUAUUAAGCCCGGUGUCAAGAAUUUUGUCAUCGACAGUGAGGCUGUCGCUUUCGACAAACAGACAAAGAAUAUAUUACCUUUCCAAGAACUGACGCGUCGUAAGCGCAAAGAUGUAAAGGUGGAAGACAUUACAGUCAAGGUGCAUAUCUUUGCUUUCGAUCUGCUCUAUUUCAACGACAAGCCGCUGCUGCAUGAAGAUCUCACAUACAGACGCAAACUUUUGAGUGAAAACUUUGUCCAGGUCGAGGAUGAGUUCGCUAUGGCCAAGUCAAUGGAAGCGCAGUCGACAGAAGAGAUUGGUGUGUUUCUGGAAGAGAGUGUGCGAGACAGCUGCGAGGGACUGAUGGUGAAGCUGAACCUUGGUGAAAGUGCUUGGUACACCCCUUCGAAACGUUCGAUGAAUUGGCUGAAAUUGAAGAAGGACUAUCUAGCAGGUGCUGGAGACUCGCUUGAUUUAGUCGUCAUUGGUGGUUACCACGGAAAAGGCAAACGUACGAAUGUUUAUGGUGCUUAUCUCCUCGCUUGCUACGAUGAGGACAGCGAAUCAUAUCAGAGUAUAUGUAAAAUCGGUACUGGGUUCAGUGAAGAGAUGCUAGAGCAACACUACAAGCUCCUCAAUCCGCUCGAAAUUACAGUGCCUAAAUCAUACUAUAAAUUGGGCACUGCGAAACCUGAUGUUUUCUUUGAGCCCCAGGCUGUAUGGGAGGUUUUGACUGCUGAUCUAUCUCUAUCUCCUGUUUAUACCGCAGCGUCAGGUGAGAUUUCUGAAAGAGGUAUCAGUUUGAGAUUCCCGCGCUUUAUCAGAGUCAGAGACGAUAAGGGAGCGGAGGAUGCGACGACAUCAGAUCAGGUUGCUGAUAUGUAUAGAAAUCAAGCGUCGGCACAGCAAAAAGCCACUAAGGCUGAUAUCGACGAUGACGCAUAUUAG